AUUCCAACGAUUAAUAUGGCACCGGUGGUGGUACCCUGCUGAUAACGCGCUCGCCAUAUUUAUAAUCGUUUGUUGAUUGUUUUUUUUUUUUUUUUGUUGGGCGCCAUAUUGCUGUCCUUUUUUUAUCCACUUGUUUUCGACCCGGCAUCAGGUCGUCCUUGCGAAUAAUUUUUUCGCGUCGUUGCCGGUACCAUCGCAUCCUCAUUCGAGAUUUCAAAAUUCAAUUGAUUUAUUUUUGUGUGUGUGAUUAUUAUAUUGUCCGGUACAGUUUGUGUAUAUCGCGAUUCUAUUUUUAGUUUUCGAACGUUCUGUGCGGGAGCGUGAUUUUUCUUAAUUUCGGGUUUAAUAUGUGCGUGUUUUGUUGCUGUUGCGGUAAGAAGGAUAAAGUUAAACAGGAUGACUUGGUGGAUGAACAAAAUAACCGACAGGAUUUGCCUAACGGGGAAAAACCGUUAUUGAGCAGCGGCACCAUCGAGGAACUAAAGCAGAAAUUGGAGGGCAAAGAGCUGUUAUUUCGUCCGCGUUCUCACUCUCCCACGAGUCCCGGAAGAAAUCCCUUCGAGGGGGAUUACCCGGACGACAUGAUCCCGGAAACGCGAGCGCCAUCUUUACUGACAGAUGACGGACUUAUCGCGCCCAGGAAGCCCGUCAAUCCUGUCAGGGAGGAUCCGGGAAGGCAAAACUUGCACAGGGAGUUGUUGUUCAACCAAAAAAUAGGUAAAAGUGUUCUAAACCAAAAAUCCGAGCUACAGAGGGCGCUCGAGAGACACAAAGACAACCUGGCCAAAAAGCAACUGGAGAACCACAUCGCGGAAAAAACACCGGAGCUGGAGAAAGUUAUCGCGGAUCGAGCGAAACGGCUCGAAAACCCGGUGAAAAUCGAGGAUAGGGCGGUUUUUUUGAAUUGAAACACAUUUUAGAAUGAAGAGGAUAAGGUUAUAAGCAAAGAGUUUCUUCAGGCGAGGAUGAAGCUGAAGUCGACCAGCGAAUCGAAAUGAUAACCAAAAGUGGACUAAAUCGAAUAUUAUUGUAUUUAUUUGUUUAUCUAUUUAUGCAUUUAAAUAGAUUACUUUUUAGAGAGGAGAUAGUGAUCUUCACAUGAUGAUACCGUAUAAAUUAUAUUUUAUAGGUGAAAUAUAUGUAUUUUGUAGCGUGUUAUUUCUUCUAUUAACGAACAAACAAAAUUGUUUAAUAGUUCUAUGAAUAAUGUUAAUGUGAUAAAUGUAAGAAUGUGACCGGAAAAUGAACAAAAAUUGUAUGUUGGGUAUUUUUUAAGGUUUCGUUUUUAGUUUUAAGCCGCCCUGUAUAUUAUGUAUGACCUAAACCUAAAAUAUACCGAAUAUUUUUUCUA